AUGACUCGCAUGAUCAAUGAGUGGCUGAAUGAACGAAAGAACCACUCUAUCCACCCAUACCAAUUCACUUGCCUUUCUACGAUCAUGAAGAAAAUGUAUUCCGACUUUGAACUGCAGGGGAUUUCUCCAGACGCAUUGGACACUAUGAUGUACAAAAAUAUCUCCCAACGGUUGCAGGUAAUGCAAUCAAACUCCAAUGCAAGUCCGACUCGGUCCAUUCUGGGCACCAUAACCGGUGGCAUCAGCGGUCUCUCCAGCAGUAUUCAUAAGCCCAGUUUUCUCAGUCGAAUCGGUUGA